AUGGAGCAGGAUACAAAAUUUAGAGAAACCAUCCCAGCUUCUCUUCGACUGGCAGUCACACUGCGUUACCUGGCAAGUGGAGACUCGUUCACUAGUCUCAUGUACACCUUCAGAAUCUCAAGCAGGAAAUAUCGAAAAUGGGACGGGAGACUAGCAGAUGGGGUAGAAGGAUUCGAGCAACAAGUGUCUUGCGAAACAUAUGAAGUUGGGGAUGUGACUGAAGAACUGGAAGUGGAAGGUGGAUGUGGCAUCUCAAUGAAUUUAAUAUUGCCUAAAGAAAAGCGGAGAAAGCCAAAACUACCAGAUAUCUAA